AUGGCCAGCGAGAAGAGGAUACCACAAGCCACGCUGCCCCAUCACUGUUCCUCCCUUCAUCUCCCCAGGAACCCCGAAGAUGCAGACGAAGGAGCACGAGCGCUCAAAGGCAAGAUGGUUAAUAGGUUUGUUGCGACGGAGCUGCGGCAGAAGAGGAAGCUAAUGGGGCACCUUGGGGCCCCGGGGAAGGAGGAGGUGUACUGCGACAAGGACAGGGCUGCCGCCGUGGCCAUGGGCGACCAGGACAUAAAGACCUCCCUCAAGGUCAAAAGGAAGAAGGAGCGACGCGUGGUGCAACCAGAGGACACUUACUCCUCCGUCCACCUGACGGAGGCCCAGCGAGCCAUUACCAUGGGAAGGGUGGAGACAGCCCUCUCCUGUGCCCAGAAGGCGGUGGAGAGCGGAGGUGACCCAGCCUCCCUGGUGGUGAGAGGCCGCUGUCACCUGCUGCUGGGACACCUGCAGGAGGCCCUGGAAGAUGCCCGAGGAGCCCUCAAGAUGGACCCCUCACUUGUUAAGGCGGUACUGGUGCAGGCGGAGGCGCUCUACGGUAUGGGGGAGUUCGAGCGGUCGCUGGUACUCUUCCACCGAGGCGCUCGUCGGAGGCCGGACCUCACCUCCUUCACCCGGGGCGUCCACAAGGCCAGAGAAGCCAUCGUCAACGCCAUUGGAGGAGACAGUUUUCCUGACGCGGAGGAGCCUGUGACGGGGACCAGCCUGACGGAGGGCAGCGGGACGUCUGGACAGUCCCAGACCACCACGGUGCCCACCAUCUCCUUCACAGAUGCAAAGGAAGCCAAAUCCGCCUCCAAGAGGUUGCUGGGAGGCCUGAGUAAAGACAAGGAGUUCCUGGCGUCGCUGGUGGGGCGACGCAGCCUUCACCGCGAGGUGGUGACGGCGGACGGCACCAGCUCCGAGACGCACCCCGGACGGCAGGUGGCGGCCGUGGCCAAGGAGGCACUCAGCUCACUACAGAUUCGCUUCGGCGGACCCAAGAGUUCCCUGCGAGAAUCGCUGGCGCCGUGUGGCACUGAUCGCGACGUUGAUGCUGCUCGGGCAAACUCGGGCAUGGUGGAUAUAGUUGGUGGUGAUACAGUCAUGCAAGAUGUCGUGACUGUUGAGGUAAAACCUGGUGCAAGGUGUGACGUGGAGGCGGUGUUGCGGGAGGCGGAGGAGCUGCUGGCGGAGGUGAAGGGCGCGGGCGUGGGCGGGCGCCUGCUGUGUCGCCUCCUGGUGGGCGUGGGCGUCGCCCUACCUCGCUCCGACCGUCACGACGACGCCAUCGCCGUCCUCACCGACGCCGUACACAUUGCCCGGGCCAGCGAGUACGGCGAGGAGGAGCACGUGGCCGUGGAGGCGCUGGGGAGGACGCUGGCCAGCAGAGGGCAGCACGCUGAGGCCGUCUCCGUCUGGGAGCGUCGUAUUCCUGCCGCCAAGAGCAGCCGUCAGAGGGCCUCCCUAUUCCUCCUGAUAGCCAAGUCCUAUUUUGCAACGAUGUGUCGUAUUAAUAUUUAA